UCACGUGUUUUUUUUAAUAUCUAAUGGUUUUGUAUACUCCAAUUUUUUUUUUGACUUAUUCAAGAAUUUCAAAUAUUGAAUUGCUUAAUAUUAUGUUACACUUCAUAUAUUAAAAUUUAAAUAUAUAUUAAUUGUUACUGUAAUUAUCAUGAGGUUCAAUUAUAAGUUUUCUAAUGUUCUUGGAACUGUUUAUCGAAAAGGGAAUUUAUCAUUCACACCAGAUGGCAAUUCAGUUAUUAGCCCUGUUGGGAAUCGUAUUUCAAAAUAUGAUUUAAAAAAUAAUUUGUCAUCUACUUUACCUGUUGAAAGUUCUCAUAAUUAUGAGCAAAUUGCUAUAUCUCCAGAUGGAACACUUUUGUUUGCUGUUAAUGAGAUUGGAGAAGCUGAUUUAAUUAGUCUUAUUAGUAAUAGAGUUAUUCAUAAGUAUAGAUUUAAUGACCGAAUACUUCACUUGAAAUUUAGUCCUAAUGGAAAACAUAUAGCAGCUUGUAAAUUAAAUAAAGUUUUUAUUCUGCAAACACCGGGUCAUUUCCUUGGUCAAUUCAAUCAAUUUGCUUUAGAACGAGUUUUCAGUGAUAUUCUAGGUGAUACUACUUAUACUGCAUGGACUGAUGAUUCCAACAUAUUUGCUGUGGGUAGUAAAGAUGCUACUGUCAGAUUAUAUACCAUAGAAAAUUAUUCUAAUUUUCGUCCCUAUUCACUAACUGGACAUACAGAUGCUAUUAUUAGCUUAUUUUUUGAACAAAAUUCUCUUGACUUAAUGACUCUUAGCAGGAAUGGUCACUUGACUUUAUGGCAAAGUUCAUUUCAAUUAGAUCAGUUAUCUAGUGAAGUGAAAUCUGAUAGUAAAAAAUUAAAACUUAAUGAAGAUGAAAAUGAAGAAGAUGAUAUAGAUAUGUCUAAAGGAGAAGAUCAAGAGCGUUUUGUAAAUGACAAAGAAGAGAAAAUUAAAAAGAAAACAAAAUUUGGAAACAAUGUUGAAUUAAUAAGUUAUAAGAAGUUAUCUCGUCAUUUUUUAAAUGAUCAUCUAAAAGAAGAUCAUAGUAACUUAAAAAUGACUGCUGCAGAUUACCAUAAGAAAAUUAAAAUUUUAAUAAGUGGAUUUUCAAAUGGGUCAUUUUUAAUUUUCGAAACUGUGGGGAUGUCUUUAAUUCACUCAUUGAAUAUUUCUGAUACUAGUAUAAGUACUAUUGUGUUAAAUGAAUCUGGUGAUUGGGUUGCCUUAGGUUGUGAAGGUCAUGGUCAAUUGUUAGUUUGGGAAUGGCAGAGCGAAACUUAUGUUAUGAAACAGCAAGCACAUGGUUCUGAAAUAUCUUGUUUGGCAUACUCUUCUGAUUCUAUGUAUAUUGCUACAGGGGGUGAAGAUGGAAAAGUAAAAUUAUGGAAUACUCAAUCUGGAUUUUGUAUAGUGACGUUUUCUGAACACACAAGCUCUAUAACAAAUAUUGUAUUUGCACCCAACAAGAAAUUUAUUAUAUCAGCUUCUUUAGAUGGUACUGUAAGAGCUUUUGAUCUAACCAGAUACCGGAACUUUAGAACAUUUGUAUCUCCACGACCUGUUCAAUUUGCUAGUUUAGCAAUUGAUUCUAAUGGAGAAUUUGUGGCUGCUGGUGGUCAAGAUGUAUUUGAAGCUUAUCUUUGGUCUAUGAAAAUUGGUAGACUUUUAGAAGUGUUGACUGGUCAUGAGGGUCCAAUAGUAAGUUUAGCUUUUAGUCCAAAUAUUUCAUGUACUACUUUAGUAUCUGUGAGCUGGGAUAAAACAUUACGUAUUUGGAAUGCUGUAGAAAAUGCAUCUGAUCAUGAAACUAUUCAACUUUUUGCAGAUGGCUUAUGUGUUGCUUUUCGUCCUGAUGGAAAAGAAGUGGUUGUAGCAACUUUAGAUGGCCAAUUAUUAUUUUUUGAUGUCCGUACUUCAACACAAGUAGGAAGUAUUGAAGGAAGAAAUGAUUUAGGAAGUGGUAGAUGUGAUACUGAUCUCAUAACGGCAAAAAAAAGUCUUCAAGCAAAAGCUUUUAAUUCUGUUUGUUAUUCAGCUGACGGACAAUUUGUCAUAGCAGGUGGGCAAUCAAAAAAUGUUUGUAUAUAUAAUGUUUCUGAAGCAAUUUUAUUGAAAAAGUUUGUUAUUACUCAAAAUCAGUCAUUUGAUGCUGUUACAGAUGUUAUAAAUCGGCGAAAAAUGACAGAAUUUGGAAACAAAGAUCUAAUUGAAGAACGAGAAACACGUGAAGGUGGAAAUGUUAAAUUAAAAUUACCAGGUGUUCAUAAAGGUGACUUGGCAGCAAGAACAUUUAAACCAGAAAUUAAUGUGUUAGAUGUAAAAUUUUCGCCGACUGGUUUAUCCUGGGCUGCAGCUACUACAGAGGGUGUGCUGAUAUAUUCAUUAGAUAGUGAAUUUAUAUUUGACCCUUUUCAACUAGAAAUUGGUAUAACACCAUUAACAACAAAGAAAACAUUAUCUGAAAAGGAGUAUGCAACAGCUUUGAUGAUGGCUUUACGACUCAAUGAACCUGAACUAAUAACUGAUGUGAUUGAGUCUACGCCCUUUAAAGACAUCGAUUUAACAGUUAUUUCACUACCAAGACUUUAUGCAGAAAAAAUUUUAAAGCAUAUAGCUAUUUUAAGUGGAACCACCAAGCAUCUUGAAUUUUAUGUUCAUUGGAUAAAAUCAUUGUUAAAUUCUCACCAACCUCAUCAAACUACUGUUUUAAUGUUGCAAAAAAAUUUAACCAAAAGAUAUACAGAUCUAUCUAAAGUAUGCGAUUUUAACAAAUAUACUUACACGGUUGUCAAAAGAAUUGCGCAUUUGCAAACUGUUGAAGCCAAAGAUGAAAUUAAGGAUGAAAUAUUACCUAUGGAUAUUGAUGAAGUAGCUUCUAAUACUGAAUUUGUUGAUCUCAAGAAUUAAUCAAUAUUAAAAUUGUCAAUGAAAAUGUACAACACUAAAAAUUAUUUACAGACAUUAAUUUUUAAUAUUUACUUUCAAAAAGUUGGUUUUGUUUUAUAAAAUAGUAACAACUUAAUUUACAAUUUUAAUAAAA